AUGAUUCACUAUUUCGUCAGCCACAUACCAUUGGGAGUAACAAUUGUAUUCUUAUGUGUUUUACAACAGGAAUCAGUCUAUGGUAUCCAGUGCGUUGUCUGCAAUUCCUAUCUUGAUGGCCAGUUAUGUGAACCUUGGGAUCAGUUUACAUUCAUAACAAACUGUUCAAAAUAUCCCGGAAUCGAUGCAUCCAAACCAAUUAGUUGUCGUAAAAUUGAUCAAGUUGUGGAACAUGAAAGACGUGUAGUACGUCAAUGUAGUAAUGUUAUCGAUAAUUUGGGCUGCAUUGAUCGUGUUGGAACCAAUGAUGUACGAAUUCGUUAUUGUCAUUGCACAGAAGAUAUAUGCAAUUCAAUAACUGCAGUUAAACCACAAUCAUUCUAUUAUUUAUUCUCUUUAUCUGCCUUAACUUUUAGCUUCAUUAGAUUAUUAAUAUACUCAUGA